AUGGAAGCGAGGUUUUGCGACGAGCGAAUGGUUGCUAAUGCAAGAAGCAUUCACAGUGAACCGACUAUUGUUUCUAAAACAUGUGCAAAUUUAGUUGAAGCUAUACAAUUCAUUCUGUCUAAUAAUAAUCAAAGUAAUAAUGGAACGAUACUAACUGAAUCUCAAGUAGAAAUAUUUGAAAUCAUUGAACAAUUGCGCUUGUGUCCGACGAAGAUGUACAUGUACGCAAUCAAAAAAUUCGCAGAUAAUUUUAACAUACACUUGUACAUCAUUGGCUAUCAUCAAGGCAAGCUUGAAUUGAUCAAUAAAUACCAUUCUACAUUAGAAAAUAACAAAGAAAGCAUGGCUUUUCUAUUAUUCAACGAAGAUCAUACAGUUAACGGUGCUUUAUAUAUUGAAGGAAAUCAAGAUAUUAAGCAGACUGUCUUUUCCUCGAAAGAAAUAACUUUGUAUGAUGUAUUCUAUCGUUUGGAGCAGUUAAAUGAUACUAAAUCGGCUGCUAAUAUUAAUCAAUUACAACAGUGUCAAGAUACAAGCAUUUUCCAACCAGUCAAUGAAGGAUAUGCUGCUGAAUUCAGUAAUCGAACAGAAUCGCACUAUUUACCUGAAAAUUUGUUUAGACAAUUCUUUCAAUUAUGCGAUGGACUAUCGCUUAGUCGAGAUACAAUGUUUCAAGUAUUUAAUUCGCAUAUGUGUUCCAGUUCAUCAAUGCCUCAGGAUAUCAUCGAAGCUAUGAAAAAUUGGAUCGGUCAUUUAUCGAUUCUUACUCAGGAAGCUCAAUCAACUUUAUCCAAACAAGCUGAUCAUGUGCCCAUAUCACAAUCAGUAAUUCCGCAUCCUGCAAAUGCAAAAAUAAUCACUAGUUCCACUUCUCAAGCAACAAUAUCAUCAGAAAAACAUAAUGAAGCUCCGCAAUGGAUUAUACGGCCACGAAAUCAAGAACACAAGCGUAAUUUCCAAGAAUUUUUCAAUAAAGAGUGUACCUUGGUCGGAACUAAUAAUCCCGAAGGCAUACACCCUCGAAUAAAAACUCCUCCGAACGAUGGAAUUCCAAAAAUUCUUGAAAUAGCUAUUCUAACUGUCGAUAAUACAGAUCAUCCUACAAAAGUUAUCAUUCCACAUGGCACAAUUGCUACUGAUAUGAAUAAAUUAUUUCUGAAUGAUUUAGGAGGUUUAAACCUCAGUAACUGUAAAAAUGUUGAAUUCAUUAGUAAUAAUGGACACAUUUAUUUAAAGAUCGGUGAAGAAGAAUACAAAGCUAAAUAUAUAGAAUUACUGAUUUAUGUUAUCAGUAAGUACAUUAAUAAAGGAUCAACAAAAGGUAUAAGUCUUAAAUCAAGAAAAGAGAAACAGUUGCACAAAUGUAAGUUGGCAUCCUGGUUUUGUGUUUUUGAAAAUGGAGAAUAUAAGCGUUUAUCCGGCGUGACUUACUCCGAUGAUAUUACUGAUAAAUCUCAACCGUACGCAAUCAUUGAUGAGAAAAUAUGGAGAUAUCCGACAUACGGAAUUCGUUAUGUCGAUAGCAGCACAGGGCAACAGUAUUCUAUCAUAAAUACAUGCAGCUUGGACUCGGCUCUAUUUGCUCUAUACUUCGCCUAUCGCACUAAUAUCGAUAUUCAGCAGCAUAUUGGUUCAGAUAUCCUUGCUAAAAUAGAAUCGACAUUCGCUCUCGUGGAAACAGAAGGAUGGGGUGCAGCUCGUAUAGAUUGGCUAAAACGUCAUAAUCAACUGCAAAUGGUACAACCACCUGUUUCAGAGGAAUUGAUUUCAUUAGAUAUGUAUGGCUCUUUGAAUGAACGAGUGUUUUGUUUUAUCACAGAAUUACAACAAUACUCAAGCAUCAUCGAGUGUACCAGACCAGAAUGCAAAGAAAAAGUGCGCCGGGUAUCGAACACAGAAUUGUCUAUUCGGCUUGGCGAUGAAAAUAUUGAAGAUUUUGAAUUGUCAACGAAUGGAACAUGUGCGUCAAUGAUGAAAAAUCAGACGGGCAUGUGCAUAGACGGUGUGGAUGAAGCAAGAAAUUGGAGACGUAUUGUCGUAGAAAAUUUAGAGGUCAACGACACUGAAUUGAUGAGAGAAUGGUCAUGCAACGGUAAAACUGUGGUAUCUUCAAAGAAGUUUGAUCGUGAUUCACCACCCUUCGUAAUUGUCAAUUAUAUAAAUGAUUCGCUCAUCACUAAAGCUGCUGAAUUUAAAAAUAAUUCGAAUGAGUUAGAACGUGUGAAACGUGUCCUAACUAUCGGUCAUGUACGAUAUAAUCUUUGUGCUGUGAUUAAUCAUAGCAAGGGAAAACAUCCAAAUGGCCAUUUCACCGCAAUUCUCAUUGAUAAGAACAACAAACUCUAUUUAUUCGACGACCUUGAGGGUGUGCAACAAAUAGAAAACUCGACUGGUACCAUAGAAACUGGCAUUUAUACAAGACAGAUAUAA